GCAAAGUUUGCUAGUUGAGCUAGCUGUCAAAGCGUUUCGGCAGCGUAGUUUGUCAACAUUGCUCCGACGGGGUGCACGUGCGAUUAGGCCAUUCUAUUUCGUGUUUACACACAGCAUAAAAAUAUGGGCAACAAAAACCAGGUGAAGCGGUUGCAGCAGCAGCGUGCCAGUUUGCUCCGCCGUACGAUUAAACCUACCGACAGCCGGCUCAAGCCCACCGAUCGGUCGAAAGGGAAACCGAAGAAAAAGCGGGACGACGAUGAGCCGAAACUAAUCGACCGGCCCCAGGGCAGCUCGGCCAUGUUCUUCCAGUACAACACACAGCUCGGCCCGCCCUACCACAUCCUGGUCGAUACGAACUUUGUCAACUUCAGUAUCAAGAACAAGCUGGACAUUAUCAAAACGAUGAUGGACUGUCUGUACGCCAAGUGCAUACCCUACAUCACCGACUGCGUGGUGGCCGAGCUGGAAAAGCUGGGCCAGAAGUAUAAGCUGGCACUGCGCAUCAUCAAAGAUCCGCGGUUCGAGCGGCUGCACUGCUUGCACCGGGGCACGUACGCCGACGACUGUCUGGUGCAGCGGGUAACGCAGCACAAAUGCUACAUCGUGGCCACCAACGAUAAGGACCUGAAGCGGCGCAUACGCAAAAUACCGGGCGUGCCCAUCAUGAACGUGGCCGUCAAUCGGUACGUCGUCGAGCGGAUGCCGGACGCGUUCGAGCCGAUGGGGAAGUGAUCCAUCUGCGCACACUGCGAUUAUUACUUAGCUUUUGUUUUGUUUAUUAAGAGAAAAUGCGAAUACGAACAUUACAAACAAACGA